UCCUGUUUCCCCUCGGAGCGAAAAUAGAGUGGGAACGCGUGUUUCAAGACACUCGCGCGCGUUUCCGUCGCGUGUUUUUACUUUAAACAACGAGACUCGCUCACGGGGAUCAAGAGAACUGAAUCACUUGAGUGAUAUAUUAACACGCGUGUGAAGGAGAUCAGUCGCUGCUCUUCAUCAGAGAAUCAUAGACCAGCUUUAUUAACAGGAUCAGCUGCUCAUCUUCAUCGGCUGGUCUAAAGGAUGGUGGUCUUCACGUGUAACGCCUGCGGCGAGUCUCUGAAGAAAGCUCAAGUGGAGAAGCACGUGCUGAAGUGCCGCGCCUGUCAGGUUUUGUCCUGCAUCGACUGCAGCAAAGACUUCUGUGGUGACGAUUACAAGAACCACAACAAGUGCAUCAGUGAAGACCAGAAGUAUGGCGGUAAAGACUUCCAGGCGAAGGCAAACAAGGGUGAUGUGAAGCAGCAGCAGUGGAUUCAGAGGAUCCAGCAGGCCAUGGAGCAGUCUGACAUCGAGCCCAGCGUGUGGAAGGUCCUGCAGAUGGUCAGCACUCACAAUAACGUGCCGCGCAAGAGAGCCAAGUUUGAGAACUGGAUGAAGAACUGUCUGAAGAUCUACACCCCGUGUUUACUGGAGAAGGUCUGGGAGAUCUGCUCAACGGCUGCCGACAGCAACAGCAACCAAACCAACCAACAGACGGCGAACAAAAACAAGAGAGAUGAGCGGAAAGAUAAGAAGAACAAGAGAAAGACUUCAGAUGAGAAUUCAGAGGAGCAGAAUGGAGAAAACACAGACGAGAAACAGAGGAGAAGAAAGAGGAAACGAGAGGAGAAAGAACAGAAUGGACAGAACGCAGACGAAAAGAGCAACAAAAAACAGAAGAAAAGAAAACAGGAGGCGUUUGACAAGAGUCUGAAUCCGGAGGGGGAGGAGCCAGAGAACCAGGAGUCUGAAUCAAACUCUGCAGGGAAGUUUAACUGGAAAGGGACGAUAAAGGCGGUUCUGAGAGACGCUCCAGAGGACGGACUCGCUGUCAAGAAACUCCGCAAGAAGGUCUUAGCGGCGUAUCACUCUUUCACUGGAGACUCAAACUACAGAUCGGAAGAGGAGCUUCUGUCUCUGUUCAACAGAAAGAUCAACAACAACCCCAAGUUCAAGAUCCUCAAAGACAGAGUCAGACUGCAGAAAUGAUGGACGCUAUUCAUCAUCAUCAUCACCUCUAGCUGUAAUAAAUGUGGCGAGUGAACUCA